AUGGACCUGGAUUCGGAGUUUGAAGACGGCCGUGACGGUGUGAAUUAUAGUGCGAAUUUUGUCAUAGACACGUUUUUUCCAACGUUUGAUGAUGCAGUUAAAUGGGCGGAUGCUGUUGCCAUAAAUCUGGGAUUUAUUUUGGUUAAAUCGUCUUACAACAAAACCAGAGAUGGUCAACCGUAUCGAUAUUUGAGAUGUGAUCGGGGACGAAAGAGCAAGCCAAGAGAUCUUGAGAACGCAAUUCGGAAGGGCAUAAAAACCAAAGUCAAUGGAUGUCCUUUCUACAUCAAGAUAUAUUAUGAGUUCAUCACCAAUAGUUGGAAGAUCCGAGCAAAAAAUGAUGCAACUGGGACCCAUAACCAUCCAAUGAUUGUGUAUCAGGAGGGUCAUCGUAAAAUUAGUGGCUUGAGCCCGGAUGCGAAGAAGGUUGUGCGUCACAUGACAAAGUCAAAGGUUGCACCGCGUAACAUCAUGGCGACUAUUGCAGAGCAAUUUCCUGAUGAUCAUCCAAACAUCAGACAUAUUUAUAAUUGCCGGAAUGACUUGAGAACGGAGAUGUCUGAUGGGAGAGGAGUUGUUCAGCAAUUUCUUCAUUUUGCGAGACAGAGUCAGUAUAUUUACUGGGUCAUGUCUGAUGAUCUUGACGUUCUACAGCAUGCGUUUAUGGUGCACCCAAUCACGGUAAACAUACUACGCACGUACCCACAUGUGAUCGGUAUGGAUUCUACUUACAAGACCAACCGAUACGGGAUGUCAUUCUUUGAGAUAGUUGGUGUGACACCGACAAAUCAAAAUUUCCUCAUCGGUUAUGUAUUCAUGCGCAACGAGUGCACGGCAAGCUAUCGGUGGGUUUUGCAGAGAUUAAGAGAGUUGAUUGGGCAUGAUAAGGAACCCUCGGUAUUUUUGACAGACCGUGAGCUUGGUUUCUGUGCGGCAUUGAGAGAAGUGUUUCCAGGGACGUCGCAUUUACUUUGUCGAUGGCACAUUAACAAAGAUGUGGAGGCUCGGGUCACUGAUAUGUUCAAAAACAAGAGGAUCGGUGUAAGUUUCAAAAACGACAAAUGGAAACGCAUCAUGGAUGCUGCAACCGAGGCGGAUUAUAAUGCUGCUGUAGAUACAAUGAAAGCUCGGUGGGCAAGUUAUCCGGUAGUGAUUAGUUAUGUUGAGAGAACAUGGCUUUGUCAUAAAACGAAAUUUCAUCCGUAUUGA